ACCGGUGUCAUCUACCGAAAACCAAACUGAAAAAAAGUAGCAAAACCCAAAAAGACUCCCCUGUCCCCUGCGACUGUGACUCUGCUGCAAACAGGAAGACGAAGAAGAAGAAAGAGCAAUGAAAGAGCAACCGAGACACCGUCGUUCUCCACGACCCGCACUCUAACCUCCACUGCCACACAGUUCCGAGCUCUGAGAUUUUCCCCCAUCAAGAUCCACGAUUAAAGAAGAAUCGGAGUCAAAACGACGCAAAUGUUGCCGCGCAGGUUAUCCGCCAUUUUCGGAGGCCUCGGUUCGAACGCCAAGACAGUGACCAGCGAGCUCUUUCCGACUCUCAAGCUCCAAACCGACAAGGAAGUCUACAGGCCCGGCGAUCCCAUCCUCAUCACCAUCGAGAUUUCGAACCCUAGCAGCAAUGACGGUUCGGCGUACUCGCUCUUGAUCGAGCGCCUAGGGUUUGAGAUUAAGGGGAUUGAGAAGCUCGAUUCUCAGUGGUUCGCCACGCAGAAACCGACGGCUGGAUCCAGACAGAGGAGAGGUGAAUAUGUGUUCAUGGAGUGCUCGACUCCAGCCCUGGUUACCAAUCAGAUUGUUUCACCCGGGGGUACGAAAUCAUAUGUGGUGCGGUCGUUGCUGGCCCCCGUUAUACCACCAUCGUACAAAGGUGCUACCCUUCGAUAUAUGUACUAUGUUAGAAGUACAAUGUCUGGACAAUGGCUGAUAUUGGAGAAUGCCCACUCUCGUGGAGAAUCAGUGAAAGAUUUUCCUGAAAUGGAAGCUCGUGUUCCAGUACUAGUAUGGGUCACUCAGAAAACCAGUGGAUUGGGAAUGGAAGGUCUUACAGAUGGGAUUGUACCUUCUGUAACCAUCCAAAUGGAUAUGUAUUGGAAAGAGAUGGAUGGGGACUCUGAUUGGGUGAAAGCAAACGAAACAUAUGAUGGGGUUGAAGAAGGGUAUGAAAGCUCAAGGGAUGAGAUCUCAUCCGUUUCUUCAUACAAUCCCAUGAAAGAACAUUUAAACAGAACAUUCGGAAGUUCACUAUCCUUGCAGUCCCAACGGUCUUCAAAUAAGGAUAAUGUCUAUAUUGAAGGAGAACGUACAAGUUUAUCUUCAAAUCUUGCAAUCCCACGGCUCUCUAUGGCUGAAGUCUUAUACGAUACUGGUGCUAAUCUUUCAUUGCCCCUGAUUUCAUCUGCUAUUGGCUCUCCAAGCCAGCAGCAGAAUCUCACAAAGCAACUUUCUUUGGAUGAUGAAGCAAGGCCAUCUUCUUCACCAGCAUCUGGAGCAGUUGAAACCUUAGCAUCAGAGGGCUUCAUUCGAGGGAGGUCAUACAAUAUCCGGCUGGAUGACCGAGUUCUGCUUAGAUGUUCCCCAAAAAAUUCUGAUUCCAAUUAUUACCUCAGUGAUAUGAUUGGUGGAACUCUUACUUUCUUUCAUGAAGAAGGAGCUAGAAGAUGCCUUGAGGUUUCUAUAACAUUGGAGAUUUCAGAAACUAUUAGCCGGCGCUUUGUGCAUCCUUCUCGGAGGAAUUCUCCCACAAUUACAAAGAUCCAGAGUGAUCAUUAUGAGGUUGUUGCGGACUUGGUGCAGACAAGUUUUCUUUUCUCCAUUCCCAUGGAUGGGCCUAUGUCUUUUUCCACUCCCCAUGUUUCUGUACAAUGGGAACUUCGAUUUGAAUUUUUUACCACUCCGAAGAAUGUGGAUUGGACCAGGUACGAGCAUCCUCUUUUUAUAGAGGGUAGAGACAAAAGCGAGUGGGUUCUGCCAAUCACCGUGCAUGCACCUCCAGCUGUGGGACCCACUGGUCACGCCCGAAAUGAGAAGUCUCUCUUGGGAAACCUUGUGGGUGCCUAACUGAAGGGUCUCUUAUAUGCUACGCUCCGAAUGUAGCAUAAACUUGUACUUUAGUAGCAAUGGUGAUUUAUAUUUUUUUUGUACUUGGUGCGAUGGCAAGUGCCUUCGCCCAUGAGCGGUAGGUCUCGGGUUCGAGACUUGGGAGCAGCCUCUCCAUAAAUGGGGGUAAGGCUAGCCGACAUUCACCUCUCCCAGACCCUGCGUAAAGCGGGGAGCCUUGUGCACUGGGUACGAUCUUUUUAUUGAUUUUAUUUUUUUACGUUCUAAAGUUUCAUUGAGGUGGAACCGGCUGUAUAUUUUUCAUAAGUAUGAAUUACUUGAAUUCUUUGAAAUAAAAGGCAAAGGAAAUUCAUUCACACAU